AUGUCGGACCACUCUUCAUUGCAGCAACGCAGAGCUGGCGGAGGCCAUUCCAGUGACCAAUCCAGUGGCGUACAAGAGACCCUGGACGAGUCCAUCCUCGGCCACCUCUCCCAGCUAUUCAAUAAGUAUGCCGGCUCAAGCGACAAAUGGACCCGGGAUCAGCUCAGCGUCUUCAUGCAGCAUGUGCAGGUGGAGGACCCCAACGGCGCGGCGGGCUACCUCGUCGACAAGGACGAGCUGGACAUCUUCGACCUCAUCAAGUACAUGUCCUCACCAUGCGGCAACAUGUUGGAGGUUGCGCCGCCACAGGACCUCUCGUGGCCGCUGAGCAGCUAUUUCAUCAGCUCGAGCCACAAUACCUACCUCACCGGGAACCAGCUCUCGAGCGACUCCAGCACCGAUGCGUACAAGGACGUCCUCCUGCGCGGGUGUAGAUGCAUCGAGAUUGACGUCUGGGAUGGGAAGGAACAGUACAAACCCGGCUUCGACGCGGAAGGGACCGAAACGUCUGAGAAAUCAGAAACUGCUGCCACAGACACCGCACCUCAAAAUAUCGGUUUCAGAGAUCGAAUGGUUAUGAAGGUUGGCCGGUGGAUGAUGAAUAAGUUCGAGCCUGUCGAUCCGGAAGGGAGGACCGUCGAUGAAAGGCUGUCGGAUAUUAUCCAAGCAGAGCCUCGUGUUCUCCACGGCUUCACUAUGACGAAAGAAGUCCUCUUCCGCGACGUCUGCCGGGUGGUCAGGGACUACGCCUUCGCCACUUCGGUCCUGCCGCUCAUCGUCAGCCUGGAGGUGCACUGCACGCCCCUCCAGCAAAGCGCGAUGGUCGACAUCAUGGAAGAGCUAUGGGGAGAGUACCUUCUCCCCGCACCCACAGGCACCCCGGAGGCCCUGCCGUCGCCGGACCAGCUACGGAAAAAGAUCCUGGUCAAGGUCAAGUACGUGCCUGAAGACGAGAAGGACAACGCCGACAGCACGGUGGCCGAGAGCCUGGACGACGACAGCAGCAUGUUCGAGGUCGUCACGGAGGGCAACGAGCGCAAGACGAAGAAGGUCAAGCCGCCCAAGGUCACGUCGCGGCUGAGCCGUCUGGGCAUCCACACGCGCGGCAUCACGUUCAAGUCGUUCGAGCAGCUCGAGGCCUCGAUGCCGAACCACAUCUUCUCGCUGUCCGAGAAGGCGGCGUUUGCGAUCCAGAGGCGGAUGCCGCGGGCGCUGUUCAUGCAUAACCGCGCGUUUCUGAUGCGCACGUAUCCGCAUGGUAUGCGCGUGGACUCGUCUAACUUCGACCCUGUCGCGUUUUGGAGGGCGGGCGUGCAGGUUGUCGCGCUGAAUUGGCAGUCGUGGGAUGUGGGCAUGAUUCUGAAUGAGGGCAUGUUCGCGGGAUCUGACGGCUACGUGCUGAAGCCGGAGGGCUAUCGUCAACAUGAUGGUGUGAAUGGCGACGAGGGGGAAGAGGAGGAGUUUGGGGCGAAGAUCGUCGGCAAGACGCUCGAUCGGAUCGCUGUUACGGUGCUCGCGGCGCAGAAUCUUCCCCUGUUGAACAGAGACGACGAUCCUGCCAAGUUCAUCCCGUACGUCAAGGUCGGCCUACAUACGGAGCCGGAUGCGUUGGCGGCGAUGGUCAGCGAGGGAGCAGGCGGAGAGCAGGUGAAGCAGGUCGGAUACAGCGGCCAGACGAGCAAGAGCAGAGGCACUAGCCCAGACUUUAGCGGCGAGGUGAUUGAGUUCUUGAAUGUGGAAGGUGUCGUGCCCGAGUUGACGUUCUUGUCGUUCGUGGUGAUGAACGAUAUCAUUGGGCCGGAUGUCAUGACUGCGUGGGCGUGUGUGCGGCUGGACAGACUGAGACUUGGAUACCGCUUCAUCAGGGUUUUGGACAAGAGCGGUAUGCCGACGAACGGCAUCCUGUUGAUCAAGACGGAGCUCAAGGAAGCCGCUAUGCCGUAG